AUGCUGGAUGCCGGCAUAACAACGCUGAUGUUGAGGGGGCUGCCACCCAACUUGAAAAGAGGCAUGCUCCUUCAACUGUUGAGCGCGGAAGGUGCCGGCAGGUACAAUCUUGUCUAUGUGCCAUAUGACAAAAUCGCUAACAGGCCCAUGUCCUCCGCGAUUGUCAACUUCACCGACCACGAGAGUGCAAGGAAAGUCUACGGCUUCUUUGAGAGCCUAAGACUUGAAACAAACUGGUCCCUACAUAUCGCUCCGGCUACCGUUCAGGGAUUUGAAGCGAAUCUUGCACUCAUAGCUGCCAGCUCGGGGUCGGGAUUUGCUGCGCUUUGCGAGCCUGAGGGUCCUCUGAUUUUUGUGGAUGGCGUCACUGGGUCCAUGAUUUGGGGAAUAAGUUUGGGGUUUAGGGUUGAUGGUUAA